AUGGAUCUUCUGGUCGUUCUGGCUCUCGAGGAAUCAACUGGUUUUCAGAAACGAAGCUUCACACCAGCAGAAAACCUUCAAAAGGCUCUCACCGACGCAAGAGAAUGGAUGAUGGCUCAAACUCCUCCAAUCUCAAAAUCCCCAAAGCCGUCGAUCAGACCCAAACCAAACCCUCGACGAUCUGGACAGUACUCUGUGUUCACAGAUGCAGCGUGGAACUCUAGAGUUCGUGAAUACGCUGGCACUUUGGUUAAGCCAGGUGUGAGCACAGAUGAGAUUGAUGAAGCUGUUUACAGUAUGAUUAUAGAGAAUGGAGCUUAUCCUUCGCCUCUUGGCUAUGGAGGUGACAAAGAAGUGACAAAGGAGUCACUAGAAAAAGCGAUAUCAAUAUGUGGACCUGGAGUUGAGUACAAGAAAAUCGGCAAAACCAUUCAUGAUCAUGCAGAUAAACAUAAAUAUGGAGUUGUUAGACAGUUUGUAGGCCAUGGUAUUGGACGUGUCUUCCAUGCUGAUCCUGUUGUUCUUUACUUGCGGAACAAUGAAGCUGGACGUAUGGUGUUGAAUCAAACCUUCACCAUAGAACCGAUGCUAACGAUAGGAAGCAUUAAACCGGUUAUGUGGGAUGAUAAUUGGACUGUGGUCACAGAAGAUGCAAGUCUCUCUGCCCAAUUCGAGCAUACCAUUCUUAUAACUAAAGAUGGAGCUGAGAUACUAACCAACUGUUAAAAUUUGAUUCCCAAAUGUGUCUCAGAUUGAUCUUUAUUGGAAUGGAAUACAAAGCCAAAUCGUGUGUAUGAAAAUCAUAUUCAUAUUCAAAUGUUCUUUCGCUCGCAAAGUAUAAUGAAUCUAUAUGUAUUCACACCAACAGAUACAAA